GGAAGACUAAAAAUGGAAAUUCAAUUUCCUCCCAGAAAUGGGCCUUGCAUUGUGUCACUGGGGACAAUGGAAAUAGAAGCCAGAAGUCAUGGUUUAUUUUGAGAAUGUUGUAAAACAUUUGUCCCCCAUUAGCUGAUUGUGUUACGCAGCACUGGGGACGUCCUGGAACUCCACUUGUGCUCUGACCUCUCCCUCCACCGCCGUAUACCACCAGCCCUCAGGGAACACAGUCCUUCCUGGCUGUUGCCAUAUAUAUAUGUUCUUAUUCCAAUCUGAUCCUCUCUCAUCCCCAAAAUAAUCAGCACGAACAGAAUGAAGCAGAUGGCACAAGCCUUCUUUGGCACACGGGCAGAUCUGUAUCACUCACUCAGUAUUUUUAGAAUCAAGGGGAUUGAAAAUUAUGUCCUGAGAUGUUUUGGGGGAAGACUUACUCUCUUUUCCAGGGUGACAGGUGCUGAAAUAUUACCAUAUUUAAAGACUCAAAUGCAAUCUGUAUGUCAGGUCACAGGGCAGACUGAUGAUCAUCGGGACCAUCCCUUUGUUAGUUCUCUGUUUCAGAUUGUUGGCAGUUGGCCAAAUAAUAGAAAGUUCAUCACAAGUCUGUUUUAAGGGUGUGGCCAGAGCUUAUCAGGUUUCAAGGAAAGAUUGGAAUCAGCAGCAGCCAGCCAGUUCUGAUCAAGUACAUGGUGAUGGGAGAUGUUGUAUUACCCACACAGCUUAUUUUUUAAAAAUAGCUGGGCUUUGAUCCUCGGCCACAAUGAAUUUAUAAUCUGUUGGGAAAGGCUAUGUUUAUAGAAGUUUGUGAUUAUAUCAUUAAAACAGUGUAAAUAUUUAUAUUUGAAGAUCCAUAUUAAUGAAAUACACAGUUAUGGUGAAUGAAAUGUUAUAACUAUUAGUUAAUUUGAAUACAUCAUUUUUAAAAAAGCCUUCCUGAAGAAACUAAGGAAUGCUUACUGUCAUAAAGUAAUUGAGUUCAACAUGUGAGGACCAAUUUUGCACGUAGGGUUGGACUGGGUGUAUUUAACACAGAGACCUAAAACUUAAAAAGAUAAGUCUUGGGCAAAGACAUUAAUGCAAUAAGUAAAAUAAGUGUAAAAAUGUUUAUGUGACUUAAUGUUUUGUUGUUCUCUGCAAGUUUAAUGGGGAAAGAGUUGGAAGAAAUGUCUCACAUUUAAAUACAGUAUAGUCAUGUCUAAAAUGCCUUGAUUGUAUACCCACCAUCUUUGAAGGCCCGAGGGAAAUGUAGUGAUGUCAACAACUUGUUGGACUUUUGAAUCUAGGGAAGUGACUGGAAAGUGGAUUUGGGAAGCUUUAUUCAAUGCUAACAGGCAGGUACUUUUUCUUUACUUGAAAAAAUCUGAUUUUUCCUUUGUAUUCUUGGUGUGUUGGUGAGCAAACGUUGGUAUCUGUUGAGAAACAAAGACCUCGGGCCAGUUUUUACUUGCAACUUCGUAUGUCCUGUGUGUGUGGAGCAUGUGUAUUAUCCAGGCUCCUGGCUCCUCCAACUCUGAGUAACGGGUGAUAAAGUAUAUGCGGGGAGAGAAUGUGUUUCUCUUUUCCAUUACAUCCAUAGCUGAGUGGUUCAAACUGUGUGCCAGUUUGCAGCUGAUGGUUUCUACUUUUAAUCCCAGUGUUUAUAAAUACUACCAUAUAUUUGUAUGGAGUGUUUUUAGAUUACAGAGUGCUUUUAAGAUUCAUCUUGUUUCAGUUGGUUGUCCCCACUGGCUCAUUUACAUGCAUCAAGUAAAUAUUACAAAUGAGGAAACUGAAACUUAGGCGCUAACAAAUGGAUGAGCUGGAAUUUGAACCAGGGAAUCUGUCUACUAUAUUCAUAAAACAAAUGACUGGAGCUGGAUAUACACUUGCUGUGCUUCAGGGAAAUGCAUGAGGGUGAAUCAGAGCUUAGCUGUGUCUGGAGAAAAGCGUUAGCCUUACUUUCACUUCUUGUGGCUCCUGUGUUUUCCAGCACAGGAGCCAGUAGCCUUGUGUGGCGACUUAAAUGACAAUGUCAGUUUCUCAGCAUCACAUUUUGAAUGUUCAGUAGCCAUUCAUUUCCAUCACAGAAAGUUCUGUUGGACACUGGUCAUUUCUCAUAAAUGCAGGAGUUGGGGAGAAUCAAUUUAGAGUGUAUAUGCAGGGGGAUUGGUGUAGAUGAGAAAAUGUUUAAAAUCUCACCACCAGACCAGCUCCUUCUCUUGAGUGACUAAUGCUAUUUUGAGUUCAGCUAUAAAGAGAACAAGAAAAAAAAAUGAAUUUCAAGCUUCAUAUUGUGUAUACAUUUUAAUCUCUUAAAAUAGACCUGGAAAACACAGCAAUCUCAAGUGAAUGAGUAUAUUUAAUGAUGAUGAUAAAUUCUGUGCCUUUUAUGGAUGGGCCAGUGUUAUGGCCAGACUCAGGCUGGAUGGAAAAGUAGGACACACCAUGAAUCCUGGCAGCAGAAACUCGGCCACACAGGAUAGAAUUCCUGGAAGGAAUUACUUUGUCUGUGGCCAGGGUGCUUGGGAUGCCUCGAGGCUGGGCCAUGGGGUGAACUGGCACACGAUGAGGGAACGGGGAGUUGGAGGGAGAGGGGUUUGGACGGGGCCGGGACAGGGACUCAGUUCAAAUCGUACUUGGUCCCAGAGGAGUCUCUGUGUGCUGCCAUCAGAAUGGAGGUUUGGUGCCAAGAUGCUGGCUGAGAACGCCAGCGUCCCCGGCUUUGGAUCAGUGCUUGGAGCUUCAGGUCAAAGUGCACACGUCAGCUCUGAAGGUUCCAAGCAGGUGGGGCAGGACAGCCAGGGGUAUCUGCCUGGUGCCGGCUCCUUGUGAACUCUGACCAGACACUAAAAACAUCUGAGCUAGUUGAUGAGGAACAUGAAAAGUUUCCUGCAGUUUUCACCCCUUAAAAAAGGAAUGUGUGUUUGUCUGUGUGCAUGUGCCCGGUGCUGAUAUAAAGAUGCUUGAACUAUUACUGUAGUAAAACUUCAUCUAGCUAGACUCCAGCUUUCUGAUCUGAAAAUAACUCCAGAGACUGAACUUCACACUGACCUGAGCUCGUGGCUUGAAGUAGAUGAUACCAAGUCUGUGGAAAUAGCUGUCUGUAUCACAAGGGAAAGUGUGUUUCCUCCGCCAUCAGAGCACUGUGCAGUGACUCCUGCCCCUGUGAAGAAGCACAGACAGGAGCGUCCGCAUGCAGAAGGACCUCUUAAAGCGCAGGGAAGAUGGAGAGGUGUGCCACAUUAGAGCCAUUGAAAGGAACACGUUGAGUCCAGUCUGGUGACCCAGGACGUGCCCCAGCUCUAGUGACGCAGUCUGCCUUUCUGCUCGGGAACAUCAUCUGUGCCUCAGACUUGCUCCUCUCAGCCUGAGACCGCGUGGAAACUGGGAUGUAGGAUACAGGAAGCAGAGAUAGUGGUAACCGAGAGGCCCAUGUCUGGGUAGAUCCAGGUCGGGGACCACAACGCUGCCUCCCCCUGGGCCUGGCGGUUGGCUGCUGGGGCUCUGCUGACGUGCUCAGCACAGUCCUGUCCUUCUGUUUGCACUUAAAUGGCACAGCAUUUGGUCAGCGCAUCUGAAAAGGAAAGUGUGUGAGACAAAGCCCAUGGCUACCUACCCCUGCCAGUUAUGUGGCAAGACCUUCCUCACCCUGGAGAAGUUCACUAUCCACAGUUAUUCCCACUCCAGGGAGCGACCUUACAAGUGCUUGCAGCCAGACUGUGGCAAAGCCUUCAUUUCCAGAUAUAAAUUGAUGAGGCAUAUGGCUACACAUUCACCCCAGAAAUCUCACCAGUGUGCUUAUUGUGAGAAGACGUUCAACCGGAAGGACCACCUGAAGAACCACCUCCAGACGCACGACCCCAACAAGAUGGCCUUUGGGUGCGAGGAGUGUGGGAAGAAGUACCACACGAUGCUGGGCUACAAGAGGCACCUGGCCCUCCACGCGGCCAGCAGUGGCGACCUCACCUGUGGGGUCUGUGCCCUGGAGCUGGCGAGCACCGAGGUGCUGCUCGACCACCUCAAAGCCCAUGCCGAAGAGAAGCCCUCGACGGGCACCAAGGAGAAGAAGCACCAGUGCGACCACUGCGAGCGGUGCUUCUACACCCGCAAGGAUGUGCGGCGCCACCUGGUGGUCCACACGGGCUGCAAGGACUUCCUGUGCCAGUUCUGCGCCCAGAGAUUCGGCCGCAAAGACCACCUCACGCGCCACACCAAGAAGACCCACCCGCAGGAGCUGCUGAAGGAGAGCCUGCAGUCUGCAGACCUUCUCAAUACUCUGCACUCUCUCUCUCCCCAGUUCCAACUGAAGGCCGCCCCACUGUCUCCUUUUCCGAUAGGGGCCCCUAUACAGAAUGGGCUUGCCGGUAGCCUGCCAGCUGAGGUACACACCCUCAAUGCCUUGGAGCAGCCCACCCAGCCCAUACCGGUGCUGUCAGAGCUCCUGGCCCCCCUGCACCCCAUGGCCGCCCCCAGCUCCCCCCCCGCACCCCCCCAGAACCACAAGUACAACACCGGUUCUACCUCAUACCCCCCACUUGCAGGCCUGCCAGUCAAAACAGAAACUAAAGGGUAUUGCAGUGCCAAUUUGCUUGAGGACUUGCCUCUGCAAGAGCCUCAGUCACCUCACAGGCUCAGCGCAGGCUUUGACCUGGCUAAGGGAGGCGCAGGCAAAGUAAACCUGCCCAAAGAGAUAGCCGCAGAUGCUGUGAACCUGUUGCCUGCCUCUCUGGACCUCUCCCCUCUGCUGGGCUUCUGGCAGCUGCCCCCUCCUGCUACCCAGAAUGCCUUUGGGAGUAGUGGUCUUGCCCUGGGGGCUGGGGAACCUCUGCCGCAUAGGCUGAGCUGUCUGGGGCAGCAGCCCCAAGACCCCUCACUCGCCAUGAGCACUAUGAGCCUGGGCCAGCUCCCCCUCCCUCACAUCCCCCAUGUUUUCCCACCUGGCACUGGUUCGGCUAUCCUGCCUCAUUUCCACCAUGCAUUCAGAUGAAUGAUUUUUGGUUUUUUUUUAAGCAUACUUUUCUUACUCUGAAAGAUAUUUUGAGAAGCAUUGAUAUCACCUAUGAUAAGAUAUUUUGAGAAGCAUUGAUAUCACCUAUGAUAAGAUAUUUUGAGAAGCAUUGAUAUCAGCUAUGAUAUUUUGAGAAGCAUUGAUAUCAGCUAUGAUAAUAUCAUCAGCUAUGAUAAUACAAGGAAAGAUUUAGGAAGCAGGACUAGAAUAUGGCUUAUUCAGUGAUGACUGGCUUGAGAGAAGAGAGUUCUCGAACUGCAUGUAUUGUGCCAAUCUGUCCUGAGUGUUCACGCUUUGUACCAAGUUUAAUAAGCAAAUAUUCUUCAAUGGAACUGCAACCAUUAUCAUAACCGACAUCCAUACGAGGGCUGCUAUAUAUUGGUGUAGCUAUAUAUUGGUGUUUGUCAACUUAAUCGUAAGCCAUGAUCAUAAUAAUGUUAGCUAAAUAACUUUAUGUGGCACUGCCUAGGAAGGGAACUAUGGAAAGGUUUGGAUUUCUCCAAAAUGGCAGGAUUUUUAAAAUAAGAAAGUAAUCUUUAUAUCGCAUAUUAUCACUAGGCUGUGUAUUUCUUUUCAGGGAAUUUUCUACCUUCAGGGUUGGAUGUAGUUUAGUUACUAUUGCCAUAGCCAACCUGUAGUUUUACAGAAACAAUUUCUUGUGGAAUAAUAGACGUCUUCAUUUUAAAGCAUUUAAAUGUAGUUUGAAUAUUUUCCACAGGAUGCUACAAUGUGAGUUAUCACUUCAUUUAUCUUAAAGACUAAACUGUCAGUUAUAUCUGACAGAAAAAAAAAAAAAUCACUGUGUAACCAGGUUAAGUGGUAAAAUAAUCCAGGCGUCAGUCAAAAUAAGCAUUUUACUGACUUUAAUAUUGAUUAUAUUUUUAACAGGAAUUUAAGAAUAUUACUGGAAUUUUAAAGUAUAUAUAUAUAUAUCUCUAUUAAGCAAGAAUUUCUUUUGCUCUGCUCUGUCUGGCUUAAAAUACUACUCUGCUUAAGUAUUUUUAAUCACCAAUAAGUAAAUGCAUUUUAAAAUUCAUCAUUUAAGUCAAUAUUAGUUUUAUUCAAGAAAUAUAACGUUUUACAAUGUAACUAUAAUCUAUCUCUGGAAUUUGGUAUCUAAUGAGUUUUUGAACUAUAAAACCUAACCUUCUUUUUUUAAAGCUCCUCUGUCUUUUGUGUUUAGAGGCUUUCAAUAUGAAGAUAUAUCUUACAUAUAAUAAAUAAAUAAAGUACAAAUUCA